CAUGGUAUAAUCGCGCUUUCUGAAUGCGGUCCUACUGCUUGUUUUUCAAUUGUUAUAUUUUGUUUUCCAACGCGAUAUCUUCGCAGCAUGGAUGUUGACAAAAUUUGCCUAACAUGUCUCAGCUCCUCGGGUCCCCUGGUGUCCAUUUACGAUGGGGGAUCAGGUAGCUGUCUGGCAGACAUGCUGCGUGAAUUCACAAAAACAAAGCCUCGGAAGAACGAUAACUUACCGGAGAGGGUGUGCCUAGGCUGUCUGAGCGAGAUAAACCACUGCUAUACGUUUAAGAUUAAGUGCGAAAACUCCAGUCGGACGCUGAGGCAACUGUUACCCAACGCUUUGCCAGAGGAGGCCGACGAGAAGGUGUAUGCUAAAGAGGCAGUGGACACCGCUGAACUCGGUGUCCAAACAAUAGACUUGACACCCAGGCAAUGUACCUCGUCAGUUCAAACGGAUACAGUGUCCACCGCGGAGGCUGAACAAAAUACUAGUCUGGAAAAGCCAGAUUUGCCAGAAGAUCUGGAGGAGGAUGAAGGAGAGGUUUUCGGGGGGGGAGGGCAGCACAAGCUACGUCACUCGGAGACCAAGAGCUUUAAAUGUGAUCUGUGCCCGCACUCGUUCGUCACCAAGGCGGAGCUGGCUUCCCAUGAACGCACCCACACUGGCGAUAAGCCCUUUGGGUGCGAUGUGUGUCAGGCAAAAUUCACCACCAGUUGCUCCCUGGCCAAGCACAAAAGAAAACACACUGGAGAGCGCCCCUAUGCCUGCGACCUUUGCCCCAUGCGAUUUACGGCCCUGAAUGUGCUUAAGAAUCACAGACGGACUCACACUGGAGAGCGACCGUACGUGUGCCCCUUCUGCUCCAAAACCUUUACUCAAAGAGGCGAUUGCCAAAUGCAUCAGCGCACCCAUCAGGGCGACCGUAUCUACAUCUGUCCCGUGUGCAACGAAGAGUUUAAAUCUAUGCCCGAUAUGCGCUCCCAUUUGUCCGAACAUGAGCAGCAUGAUAAGCGACUGGUGCAUUUUACCCUGCUGAGCAACAAGGAGAAUGGCAGUGGAAGUGGUGGUAUCGAGGAAGACCUAAAUGAAAUGGCAGAGACGGCGCUAAUGCUAUAAUUUGUUUUGGUUGAUGUUCGAAUAGAUGUAGACAGAUUCUCAAAUUUUACUUAACAUAAAUAUAAGAAAGAUAUAACAGAUAUAUCAUUUGUCCUAGUUUAAAUGUUUCGUAUUUUUUCCGAAAUGUAAAAAUAGUUUUUCGUAUAAAAUAAUCUAGUUUCAAGGAUACAAAAUAAAUGAAUACUUUAAUAAAUGUGCUAUUUACCCAACUAGUACACUUAAUCCA